AUGCCAAAAGACAAGAAUUCUGAUCACUCAUUCGUUCUAUUUGCGCACCUGGCAAAAUCGCUUGCCCUGUUCGAAUCCGAUGAACAGGUUCACCCUACUUGCGAGCUGGCGUUCAUGCAGGACGCGAGACACCCGGCAACCGUCGAGAACACCUUCCUUGAACACUGGACUCUGAUUGGUCAGGAUUCCGACGGUUGGAAUGUGAGGUUUGGCCCAGUGAGGUGCGGAAAAAGUCGCGCGUCAGGUUUGGGGUAUAAAAUGAGAGCUCUCACUCAGGCUGCUUUACAAUUACUCCAAGAGUCUCUAGGGGAUCAGGGAAUAAACAAACCCAUGAACCCCAACACUUGCAGCUACGCGGAAGCCGACUACGGAAGUGACGAUACCUCCACGGUUGCGUCGACCGUGGUCCUUACCGAAGCGCAAAUAUUGCAAGAGAUGUCGGAAACGAAAUCUUCUCGAACCUCUCCUCGCCGCUCACCUCGUCUCAUCAACAGGCGAAGCACGAUGGCUGAAAAGCCAUACAUCAGAAUGCCAAGGGUAACACCGACUGCUCGGGCCGUGAACAAAACACCCAGCAAGGCCAAGGCGCCCAGGAAGAAAAGGUUGACACCCAAGCGAGGAAAAGGUGCCGACCAAUAG